UUUAGCAGCUUUGUUGAUUUAAUUUGCCCUAAUUUCUCAAGGUCAGCCAUGCCUCUGUCAGCCUUCUCCUUCCCUUUACCUGAAACUCGAUUCAUCAAAGCUGGUAGUUUAAUCUACAAGUUCACGAUCAGAGGAGGCAGCAGCUACAGUGGAGAGGAAGUAAUCAGAAGACACUGCUUGAAUGAAGAACUGGAGGACAUUGUCAGAACUGUUCUUGGCAACCUGGACAGUCUCGGGCCCUUCUCCAGUACCCACUUCAACGUCUUUCCUUACAAGAAGCCAUGGGAGGGAAACCUGAAAGCCUAUCCAUUAAAUCUUCUCGUCUACCUUGAGAAAAACACGGGGAAUGGAAAGUCAGCAGGGGAGAAGUUGAGCUUACAGAAAGAAGCUGAACAAUCUCCAUUUGUUUCUGAGCCUCUGACAAAGCGCAGUAGGAGAGAUUCACCACUAGAGGAGGCCAUACUAAAGGACUUAACCAUCGACUUAGAGGCUGAAAGCAGGGGUUUCAUGGAUGGGCUGCAUUAUGAAUAUCGAUGUGCAGGGCGAAAGGCCAGAGAAGAUCCAGGACAUGAUGACAAGAGAGGGACCAAAGGGUUUGUGGAACCCCAGCAGAAAUCAAGUGUCAGCACUGACAGAGGAAAAGGGACGCCAGGGGAAGUGCAUCCAGCGAGCACACAGGCCGUGAUGAUACAGGACGAAGAAGAGAAGGAGGAGGAGGAGGAGGAGAGAGAGAUACAGACUCUGAGCCUGGAACCCCUGAAAGGAGAGGGAUCCUGACCCGACUAGCCAGCCUUGUGUUCCCCUUCUCCUUGUUUCUCAGAGAUCCCUGAGAGCGGACGCAGUCAGAGGAGGUUCUACUGGUUCCAGUCUAGGAGACUUAAUGGAGUUUGGUUUGGUUAAAGUUCUGCAGUAAAGUAAAGAAAAGUGUUUUUGCGAAUGUGUUUAAUUAUCUUUUAUAUUUGCGUCCCCUUCGUUCUCCGAAAUGCUGCAUCUUUUUUAAAAUACCAGUUUUUGCCCCAAAGUGAGAAGCAGUAUCAUAUACCAGCUCUCUCUCGCUUCAGGUCUCUAUUGAUAUGGAUGUUGAUUGUUGAUUUGAUGCUGUGCCAGUAAGAAAGCGCUCACAUGAAUCUAUAUUUUGUUUAUUUCAUGUUAAAUUGUAUUGGGAGUAUAAAACUAGUGAACCUAUGUUACACAGGACACUUUUACACACCAGCUAACUCAUAAUGUCUGUUUCCAAGUCAACAACAAAGACACAAAAAGCACAAAAACACCCUCAAAAUUUAAACAGAUGGAAUAAAUCAACUUGUGUUCAUAUUGGUGCAUAGCUGGAAUUCAUUUUAUAUCUUAGCUUCCAUCUUUAAUCCAGAUACAGUUAGAUUUGCCUUCAUGAUUUGCAAUGCCCUUUGCAUUUCAUUUCCUUGCUGUAGCAUGUUUUUGUUCUUGAAGAUCCUUUUAUUUAGCUUCUCCUAUGCUCACCUUGUGUUUAAUUCUUUAGCCUCCGAGCCUCUGUUCUUCAGAAUAAAAUAAAAAUUGCAGUAA